CUCACCCUGCUUCUCUCUUCAGCGCUUCGCACGAGUGCUCCGCGGUUUCAAGGUAUGCUGCUGUCUCAUCUGUGAGGGGACCAGAGCUUCCCCCAACUGGGAUGGAUCCCCAGAGAGAGACACCCAAGAAAAACAACACGGAGCAUCUGAUUGCUGACAGACAGGACGGAAUUGGUGUCUGUGGCUGGAUCCUGGUUUCCCUUUCUUUCCUCCUGGUGCUUAUUACCUUUCCUAUAUCCAUCUGGGCAUGUAUCAAGGUUGUCAGAGAAUAUGAACGUGCUGUUGUGUUUCGGCUGGGACGUAUCCUGUCUAAGAAAGCAAAGGGACCAGGUUUGAUCCUCAUACUUCCAUGUACAGAUACAUUUAUCAAGGUUGAUCUUAGAACUGUUACCUGUAAGAUUCCUCCACAAGAGAUUCUCACAAAAGAUUCUGUUACUACCCAAGUCGAUGGGGUGGUGUACUACAGGAUCCACAGUGCUGUUAGCGCCGUCGCUAAUGUCACUGAUGUCCACUUGGCCACCUUCCUCCUGGCACAGACAACCCUGAGAAACAUUCUGGGUACACAGAGCUUGGCUCAGCUCCUGUCAGGUCGUGAGGAGAUUGCACACAGUAUCCAGGGUAUCCUCGACAGUGCCACGGAGCAGUGGGGAAUCAAAGUGGCCCGAGUGGAGAUCAAAGAUGUCAGGAUUCCUGUGGCCAUGCAGAGGGCAAUGGCAGCUGAAGCAGAGGCUUCUCGGGAGGCAAGAGCUAAGGUUGUGGCAGCAGAGGGAGAAAUGAAUGCUUCCAAAGCCCUCAAGCAAGCCUCCAUGGUGCUGGCCGAGUCUCCGGCAGGUCUUCAGCUGCGCUACCUGCAAACGUUAACAACCUUGGCAGCAGAGAAUAAUUCCACCAUUGUCUUCCCUCUCCCUAUAAAUAUGCUUGAGAGUUUGGGGCAGAAAAAUAGAGGGGGAUAGAGACUGUUCUAUGCUAACUCCUUGGGCAGAGAGAUUUAAAGCAUUUCCCAGGAAGCAAGGGGUUCCAAGAGGUUCCAGAUUACCAGAAUUAAAGUAGAAGCAUGCGUGGGUCCUCUGUACCAAAAAUAAAAGUAAAAAUAGUUUAAUAAUCACACAUAGCUCUCACAUUAGGAGAUUGCAUCUGUGAAGUUUAGGCACUAAGCAGUUUCAGUUUAUACUCAUCUCAAAGUGAAAUGCAAUAAAAUAUGUAAAAUGCAUCUUAGACCCAAUAUGAAAUUUUAAUGAUGCUUUCACCACAUAUUACAGAGCCUUGAGUGCAGCAAUUAUUUGGUGAUUUGUCUGCUAAGCAAGAACCUCUGAGCUCUUGAUUUACUCCACACCGCAAAAAGGUCAGAUACUGGUAUUUAA